GCUUUAGCUCUUUUUUUCCAGACGCUGCAGAAGAGCAAAAUUCAUGAAAACUUCAGUGAAACCACUCUGUUGUCACAACUUCAUAAUGACCUUACUAACAAGCUGGAUAUCAGCACCAACAGCAUUUCUUCUCUUACAUUUUUGGAGAGCAAAGGUACAUGCUUCUGGAAACACAGAGGAGGAAAUAGAUUACACAUAUGUUAUUAUAGGAGUUACUCUGGGAGCAGUUCUAGCAAUUGGUUUUGUAGUAGUAAUAAUCUGCAUGAUCAAGGCCAAAAUGAUUGACAGUGUCUUUGGAGAGUCAGAUGGCAAAAUGGAUAGAAGGUCAAACUCGGGAUCAAGCCAAAACAGAUGACAGCAAUGCAAUAAGAAACCAAAGUACAAGAGAUCAAUAACCCUUUUGCAAUCAACAGUUACCUGGUCUGAGGAUCAAUAGGAGUCUCUUGUGCACAGGCAGGAAUCUUACCCAUACCAAUAAUUUUCUUUGUUCUUUAGCUGAAAGGCUGAUUGAUUGUUUACAGGAAGAGCUUAUAGUGCAGCUAACUGCAAUCAUCUGCACCCAAAAAGCCUGCAAUCCCCCUCAGCAUGUCUGUGAAGGAGGUGUCUGAGGAAAAGAAAAUAGAUGAGCUCUGUUCACUAAUAGAUCCUCUUUAUUCUGUGAUAAGUAUAUGAUUGAUUUCUAAAGUCAGUUAAAUUUCAGGUAAUCAGAAAGGUGGUGAUAUACUUCAGCAGCAGAAUCCAUGGUCACACCCAUAUUUCAAGAUAAGUAAAUAAUUAUUUCAGCAACUUGAAAAAUCAUUCAUUUGAGGUUAGAACAAAACAAAG